AUGUCUACAUCUAUUAUUACAUUAUUGUUUGUUGGAUUAGGUUGCAGUAUUUUUGUUCGACUUCUCUUGCUAUUAGAUGUGAACAAACGCGUCUACAAUCAUACUCCUGGACCUUGUCGAUUGGUCUGGACACCUGCUGUAAAUGGUUCUGGUGGAAUUACUCUUAUUUCCGAAUUGGACAUUGCUUUAAUAACUAGUGGAUAUGCAAAAAGUCGAGGAGUUACGAGUGUUGUUGGUGCAAUAUAUCUUUAUAAUUUCACUGAUAAUAGAAAUUAUAAAGCAAAUAAAUUGAAUAUUAAAGGCUUUGAUCUGCGAAAGUUUAUACCCUAUGGUAUUGAUACGUACGUAAGUCGUGGUCGAGUAACUGUUUAUGUGACGAACUCUCUACCAAACAAUGAUACAGUUGAAGUUUUUCAACUUGAUCUAAAUAAUUUAGCACUUAUCCACAGGAAAACGAUAAGCAGUAGUAAAUUUCUCAACUUGGCUGAUAUAGUCGUAGUUGGAGCCGAUCGGUUCGUUGUUACUAAUUAUUUGUAUUUUCGGCAGCGAUGGAUGCAAAUGUUGGAACUUGCUAUGCAGGCAUUUUCUGGUUCGGUUGUUUAUUAUGAUGGCCAUGAAGGAAGUUAUCUCUUGAAAUAUUUCCCCGCGCCAAAUGGCAUUGCUUUGAAUAAACAAAAAAAUCAGUUGUAUGUUGCCAGCACUAUAAGUGAAUUUAUACGGGUUUACAAUCUACGACAGGACAUGUCGCUGUUAUUUGAAACUGAAAUUUCACUAUUAUCAUCACCUAAUAAACUGUUUGUCGAAGAAGCGACAGGAGAUAUUUGGAUUGCUCUUCAUCCAGUACUGUAUAAAGCACAUGAACAUAUUCAAGAUCCGGCGAAUAUGAAUUUGAAAUCGCCAUCACAGAUUCUUCGCAUACGUUUACAGGAUGAUGGAAAGAGUUGGGUCAUAACUGAACCUUAUGCAAAUGAUGGAGCAACAAUUUGGGGCUCAUCGGCAGUGUUAUUUCAUAAAAAUAUUAUGCUUAUUGGUAGUUUUUUUGGUCGCACGCUUCACUGUGAUAUUGAUAGCUCUCAAAUUGUGUAA